AUAACGGUAGAAGUGAUCCGAAAGUGAGAGUGAAAGAUGGAAAAAUAUGUAACCGUAGUUUCGGUGGAUGAUCAGCUGCUAUCGCCGAUCGUACCUGUGAUUGAGCCGGUCGUGAUUGUCGCUAGCAGCGGUACGGGGGCCGAUCGUGCGGUGGAGCUAAGCAAUAUGAUUGGACUCGCGAAAUCCGUCAACGGAGCGGACCAGCAGCAGGUGUCACACGUCGACGAGCAGGACGAUUCACAGUUCGUGACGGUGCUGUCCAUCAACCAUGGGGGAGACGGUGGCCGAACAGGCGAUGGACGACAGAAUGCGCCGGAAGUGGUGCUAGUGUAUCGGUUACCGGGUGAAAGGCUCGGCUUUGGACUAAAGUUCCAGGGAGGCACAAACAGCAACGAGAAAAUACAGCGCCUCUUUAUACAGUCCUGUGCGGAGAAUAGUCCUGCGUCACGGGUCCAGGCAAGCUGGGGUCAUUUGCGUGAAGGUGAUGAAAUCCUAGAGAUUGACGGUGUUAAUGUCAACCGGAUGACGCGUAUCGAGUGUGUGACGUGUUUGAAGGACAGCAAUGUUGCCAUCAAGCUGUUGGUUCGGAAUGGAGAGGGAAAGGUACAGAACUUUUACGGUGAGACAGGUUCUGGUGGUGUGCAUUCGGGCAGUUCAACUGGAGAUGGUACCAGAGGUGUCGGAGGAGGAGGACGAGAAGCACUACCAGAGCGGAAGGGAGCACCUCCACCUCCGCCACCGGUUCCUCCACGGAAGUUGAACAAACGUAAGCAGGUGCCGGCAGAACAACAGCCGCACUCGUUGAACGGUACAGAUGUAGGGCCACCUUCCAAGCAGACUUCGGGAACAUCCUCAGCUUCAGAAAUCUUCGUUCCUCCACCGGAUGCGGAAACAUACAGCAAUCUCUUUGCAGACGAUAUAAGUGAUUUAAUAUCAGAAUCGGAUGAUACGGCCAGCACCAUCUCGACUGUGGUCGAUAAGUUCUCGAUCUGUUCGAGCCUGUCGUCCGAAGACUACACGAUCCCUUCGCACGGCGGACCGGCCGGCAUUGGGCAGAGUGCUGAGCUGGCCAAGGCUCUGAAGCCUUUCACACUGCUCGAGCAAGAGUUCAAUCUGGAGAGCAAGUUUGAAACAACCAACCUGUUUACCUUCAAACCACCGCCUCCUGCUGCUGGAGCUGCCUCGAAUGUGGUCCAGCUCGAGGUACCGCCGGCGGAAAAGCCGUCGCGACCCACAGAUUCGGUCGCACCUGCUGCCGGUGAGUACGAAAAUGUCACCAUCAUGAAGGUGGAUGAAAAUCGCAAUUACGAGAACGUAACCGUACCGUACGGGCCGUACGAAAACGUCACCAUACAGACGGUGCAGCCGUACGAAAACAUGGUACUGAACAGGUCGACGGUUGCAGGUCGUCGACAGAGUAGCAGUGAAAUGUCGUCGCCGCCACCACCACCGCCACAGCAGACGGAUUCGAGUGGGGUGUACGAAAAUGUCGAGCUAAAGGCAACGGUUCCACCACGACCCUUACCCCGGCAGGGUGCCUUAGUAGAGCCGAAGAAGCGAGCACCGAUCCCUGUGCCAAUUCCGAUCGUAGUGCCACCACCACGGUUGAAGCCGGCAAAACCUCCACAGCAGCUAUCGAACGGGCAGCCAUCUCCGGCACAGACGCCACCGGCGUCUACAGCGACAACACCGCUUGGAUCGGAGUUCAACACUAUCCAAAGCUGGCUGCAAGAAGCGACCGAAGUGAUUCACGAGUGUGCUCUCGCCGAGAACAGCAAGGAGGAGGAAACAGCUCUAUCCAUCGAAGAGAAAGCGUCAGCCGAUGGAAAACAACCACCACCAGUAACGGCGUCCACCGAUCUGCCGCGGUUGAUCGAUUUUCAUCCGAAAGUAUCGGUUCCAUUGAAAGCGCUGGAAGACAUGGAUGCUAUCACAGCACCACCGGCAUCUCCGGUAAGAUUUGAAGGAACUGUCGGAAACGAUGGAACGCACAUGCCAGAGGAUGGCUCGGAAGGUGAUGGUGGACUAGUAAGCGGAGUUCGGUAUGAACUACCACCGUCCGAGUCUGUCGUGAGGAAGUGUAUUAAGAUCUUGUCCAGCGAGGAUCAUACGUACAUCGAGAGCAGCUCGAGCGAUGAGGACGAGGAAAAGCUGUACGGACGGUCGGAGGAUGAGGACGAUCGGAGUAGUUCGUUGUCGCGCGAGGCAACGACACCGGAACAGUUUCUCAGUGGCGAUGGAGGGUACAGUGAUGAGGAUGGGGAAAAGCUUGGCCCGCCGGAGAUUGUGUCCGGUGGUCCGUCCGAGGCGUACUUUAACUUCCCCUGGACGUCCAAUCUGUUGCCACCGAUUGGUGAGGUGGAAGAGGAAUUCUCCUCGCUGGAACAUCAACAUAACGGGCCGAUAGUUAUUAUCAACACCGCGGAAGAAACCGUUAUCAACGACACAAACAAUAACCAGCAGCGGGAGAGAAAGAAACCGAUGCACGAUGACGAAUCAGCCAAACGCAUGCCACAUACGACCUUACCGUCGGCGAAAAUAGUCAUCACAAGUGGUGCCGGGCAUCAGCACCGUAUCGAAACACCGAUGAUGAGUGAAUCGGAGUGUGCAUUAGCUGGGGAUUUGAAUCAUUCAAAGAAGUCGGCAGAUGAGCUGGAUGUUGAGAUGGAUACGCGUGAUCAGGUAUCGCAAAUGGACGAAGCAAGCGAUGAGGAUGAUCAAGAUCAGGACGCAGUAGAUUCGGACGAUUCGUUGGAAGUUAGUGAGCGAACGUUCAAGGCACACGAGGCCAGAAUCCAUCCACAGACGGUAGAGUCGGUUGAAAAGGUAAACAGCAGCGAGCUCAGCUCAGCUGAUAAGACGCGAGAUGUGAUGCAAGUAAGCGUAGAAACUGAAUCAAGCAUUACCUGCCGGGACGUAGAAACCGAUAGCACGGUCCAGGUAGACAACCGAAUCACACCGGAACGGGAAGACAUUCCGGUAACGAUCGAACACAGCACAAGCGAAAUGGAAACGGAGACAGGUGAGCGCGAUGGUGCAGCGAACGAAACGGGUGUCGUCCCCGGGGACGCACCAGGUGAGCUAGCGAUCGAAGCGAGUGCAACGACAACGAUCGUGAAUGAUCGGGAAGAAGUGGACGCGGACGCGGGAGGUAGUAUCGAUGCGAUCUGUGGUGACGUAGACAUCGUCGUAGGCGAUACCGUUGAGAGUGACUUUGAGGAGCUGGUCAAAGCGCAAAUCGAACCGCUCGACGUCGAGGACAGUUCGGAGCAGAUACAACAGAUUCAUGAGCGAAUCAUUGUUGGCAUUGAGCGCGCUGUUAGUGAUGAAGGUGUUGUGGUAGAGGAUGUGUUGCCGGCCAGUGGUUCGGAGUUGGAGAACACCGAACCUCCGGUAUCCGAGGCGGACCCAAGUGAUACAGUGAUGACGGUGGACGGUGAAGAACCGACCGUUCAAAGUGAUAUCCCUGUAGAGGAUGAUGUGGUAGUGAAAAGUGCCGUGGUACCUGUCACAGACGAACAGGAACAUGCUGAUAGUGAGCGGGAACGUGCUGUUGCUGUUGUGGAGCAGGAGGAGGAGAUAUCAGCCGAAAAACAUCCAACAGAACAAGGUAUGUGA